UUAACAUUCGAAAAUACUAUACAUCCACGUAUCGUUGAGAACAACUUGAAAAGCUUUAACAUUUUGUUACAAAGGAAAAUAAUAGUGUAAAAAAUUAUCUGUAAAACUAAAAUAUUAAUUUUAAAGUUAACAGAGAGAGAAAGAGGAGAGAAAAAAAAAUAGUUAGUAUCAAAAGAAGGAAUAAUAAAUACGGUAUUCCGAACAGAGUUACCGCAUUUUUCCGUCGUUGUACGCCACUGCGAAAAAACAACUCGUUAUUAUAAGAUUUCUUUCUAAUAAGUGUAAACAACUGUUUUAAAUUUAGAGAGCAAUUUAUUUAUCUUUUUUUAUUCUUCUCUUGGAGAUACUGCCUUUUGUAAUUGCACACCGCUGUUUACUAUUUUUGCAUAAGUGUAUAUCUCUCUAUAAAAAAAAAACCCUAAAAUAAAUGAAGAUAAAAAAGAUCACCUACACGUCAAGUGAUGACUUAUUUCUAUUAAUUAAAAAAAAAUAAAAGAAAGAGUUAAAUAUCGAAUAGAAUUGAAUUUCACUAGACAACAAAUUUAUCAUCAUUGUGGAUGCAUCAUUAAUAUUGUUUCUUCGCAAACAAGGAAAGAAGUAAGGAGGAAAAAGAAAAAAACGAAGAAGAAAAGAUAAAAAUAACGGUUUAUCAGUUACUAUAAUAAUCUCGUUUCAAAAACUUUUACGAAUUAUUUUCACAAAUGAAUAUGUGAUUUAACCAUUUAAUAUGAUAUAUAUCAUAUUUUUAUUGAUAAUAUAUUAAACAAGUUUCGACGGAUAAAAUUAUUCUUAUUUUCUAUUUUAUAUUUAUAAUAUUUCAAUAGAAUAAUUACGAUAGAAGUUAUCUAUCCAAAAUACAUUUACGCGUUUAGAUUAUUUAAUGAAUAUUCAUGAUAUUUUCGUGACUCCUUUGGAUGGCGUGAUACAUGUCGAGUAUUAUAAGUAAAGUUAUUUGCUGUGGUGUGGUUAUGUGAAUAAUAAAAACUUAGAAAAUAAUUGAAUAAUACUUUAUUAUAAAUAAUAUAAUUUAUAUAUAUAUAUAUAAAAUAGAUAAUUAAAAAAUAAGUUAAUUCUUGUAAACUAAUUCAUUGAUAAUGAAUACUCUUAAAAAUAUAACGUCGGCGUUUUGGUCACCGGACAUAUGGUUACCGCCCAAUAUAACAUGGGAAGAUAUUAAACCUAAUUCGGAAAACCAAUAUGCCGAUUAUCAACAUUUAAUAUUUCCCGUGCCAAUGGCCUUCAUUCUUUUAAUCAUGAGAUACACUCUUGAAAGGAAUUGCUUCUCACCUUUUGGCAGAUCGCUUGGUAUAAAGAAUACAAGAACAAAAAUAGCACCGCCAAAUGAAAUAUUGGAGAAAGCUUACACUAGUAGAAAAAUCAAACAUAAACAGAUAUUAGCAUUAGCUAAACAACUGGAUUGGUCAGAACGACAGAUAGAAAGGUGGCUUAGACUUAGACGUUCUCAAGAUAAGCCAUCUACAUUAACAAAAUUCUGUGAAAACAGUUGGAGGUGUUCAUAUUAUACGUAUUCAUUCUUUUAUGGCCUUAUUAUUUUAUGGAAUAAACCAUGGUUAUGGGAUAUUAAUCAAUGUUACCGUAACUAUCCAUAUCACUCGGUGUCCAACGAUGUGUGGUGGUAUUAUAUGAUAUCUAUGGCAUUUUACUGGUCAUUGAGCAUUUCUCAAUUCUUUGAUGUAAAAAGAAAAGAUUUUUGGCAAAUGUUUAUUCAUCAUAUAGUGACCAUCGUAUUAUUGUCUUUCUCAUGGGUCACUAAUUUAACAAGGAUUGGCUCAUUAGUCUUAUUAGUACAUGAUUCUGCUGAUAUAUUCUUAGAAGUCGCAAAAAUGGCAAAGUAUGCUAAUUAUCAAAAAUUCUGCGAUUUUGUAUUUGUUAUUUUCACAAUAUUAUGGAUUGUGACACGCGUUGGUAUAUUUCCAUUCUGGAUUAUUUAUAGUACAUUGAUUGAAGCACCUAAGCUAGUACCAAUGUUCCCAGCGUAUUAUGUGUUUAAUACAUUAUUGUGCCUCUUACUUAUACUUCAUUCAAUUUGGACUUAUGUUAUUAUUAAGAUCGCAUACAAUGCCUUCUAUGCUGGUCAGAUGGAAGGUGAUAUACGAAGUAAUAGCAGUGAAGAUGUUUCAGAUGCCUCUGAGAAUAAUGCACCUGUCAAUAAUACAACGAACUACAUCAAUAAACGAAGUUCGAGACAAAAGACACAUUAAUCAAAAAAAAAUUAAUUAGCGAAAAAAUCCUAACAUGUAUAAUGUUAAAGAUAAAACGACAACAACAAAAUAAUUAGCCUGGUGCUAAACGAUCAUUCUUCAAACUUAUUCUAAUUAUAAAGUUAUGAUUGUGUAUUAUUAUAAAGAAAAUCAAAUCAUAAUUUUAUUGGAAGUAUCAAAAGUAAAAAAAGAAAAAAAAAGAAAAGAAACAAAAAAAAAUUUAAAAAGUUAUAGACUUAUAAACUACAAUAUUUGUUGCUAUAAAUAUUUUUUAAAGCAAUAUCUUAAGUUUAACUCUAUGUAAGAAGUAAGGAGAAAGCGAUUCAUUAUAGAUGCAAUGUCCAAAUUUCUUUUUUUACCAUAUUACCAGUAUUGUAAGAAAAAUGGAAAUCCUUUAGUCAUAUUUCACUUUCAUAUAUGUAUUAUAUAUAUAUAUCAUUUAUUUAUAAUUAUUUUAUUUAAAAAUUUCGGUACCUGUAUGCAUUAUCUCUUAAAACAACUUUAAGUGUGUUUAAUUAAACAAAGAAUGGACCAAAGCUUUAGAUUUUUAUGCCGUAAGGUAACCCUUUUUAAACUUGUGAUUCGUAAUAUUUACAUAUUUUUAUAUAUAUUCAUUUUCUAUAUUCUGGAUAUAUAUAUAUCAUGUAUAAGUUUAACGAUAUAAUAGAAUGGAAAAACUAAUUACUCAAAUGGAACUGUUUUCACAAAUAGCAUUUAUUUCUUCGCAAAAUUUUAUGUGAAUUUCUUUGAUUAAAUGUUAAAUGG